GAGUUCUGGCGAGGGGAUGGACUGGGCCUUCCGAGGGCUCCAGGCAGUGGCCCCGCUCGCGCCGUAUCUCCUCCCUCCGCGGUGCCCCGAUUGCAGCUGCGUGGCAGACUGCUCGGUGCCGACGGAGAUCGUCGGGCUGCUGGGCAGGCAACUCGACAGGUGCGGCCCGGAGCAGUUGACCUGCCCGAUCUGCCCAGGCUGCCCUGAGGUGCGCUGCCCGGCGCCUGGGCCAGCGCUGGGGGCCUUCGCCGCUGGAGCGGCUAUCGGCGCCCUGACCACCGCGCUCGUGGGGGCGGUCUGGAGGUUGCGCCGGCCGACGGCGCUGCAGGCGGGGCGGCCCGCGCUCGAGGACGACGAGCUGCUCUUGGCGCUGGACGCCGGCGGCCCAGCGGCCGCUCCGGCCAGCGAGGCGCAGGUCGCGAUCGACUUCUUCGACGACCCGAACGGGUUCCUCUUCCACGUUCGGGUGCUCCUCGUGCCGGCGGGGGCGGGCAAGUGGAUCUGGGUCACCCCGGACCACAGCGUGCAGUUCGGGGACCUCACCACGCACCGCGUGGUGCCGCUGCCUCGGAACUCGCCGUUCCCUCGCCGGCUGGUGGGCCAGCUGUAUGCGUUCGACCCGUUCGAGGAGGGCGAGCUCGAGGCCAUUCGAGAGCAGGCGGCGGCGCUGGCGGCUGUGCUCGGCAUCGACGUGCCGCGCGGUGCAGCGGCGGCCCCUCCCCGCUGGGUGGUGGCCGACCCCGCUCACCCGCAGUUCGGGCAGGUCAUCGACGCGGCGAUCAGCGGGGCCGAGGACAGGUUCGUGCGCCGUGGAGCUGUGGCCUUGGCGAUGCUGGACGGGAACGACGACGACGGGAUCUUCGCAGCUUGCGAGAACGUGCCGGAGGAGCGGCACCAGCUAUGGCUGGACGAGAAACACUCGGGGCCCGGUCGGGAUCCUCGGGCGUGUCCCGUCCGGCGGAUAGGACCAGGUGGGCCUCGACGUGCAACCUUGGAUCAGGCCAUCGAGGCGCACCGCCCGCAGGACGUCGGCGACUGGGUGUUCCGAGGGCCGAAGUCGCUGCCCGAGUUCCUGGACAGUGUACGCGCUUCGGGGCUGGGCAUCGCGGGCUACGCGAACCACUACAUCACCAGCAGUGGAGUGCCACCCGGCAGCGCUGCUGCGCACGAGAUCCGCCUUCUGCUCGAGGCCCUGCGGCACCUCAUCGAGCACGACCAGGUCGACGUCACGAAUCUUGCAGGGGCCGAGCUCAUCGCAAGGAGGAUCGUGCAGAUGCAGCGAGCCAUUCGGCGCGACCCGAAGCAUCCCAACUACGCGGGCUUAGAGGACAUGCUGGCCUCGGCGCUCGACGAGACAGGAGGGGUGGUCACCAGCAAGUUCGACGAAUGGGUCGCGCAGGAGCAGAAGACAAAGGCAGUGAUCAUGAAGAACACACGGCUAUACACAGAGGAGAGAGACGCCGAAUCCAAAAAGUCUGGCGGAGGGCACGUCGUCGGCAUGGCGUCCGACCCCUUCCCCCUGGUGCUGCCCUCCGACUUCUUCGAGGAGACCAGCCGAGAGCGCCCGGCGGGACGCCGCGCCGCUCGCCGCCGCACGAAGCGGGACUGGACGCGCAGGGCGACCGAGGACAUCUUCUCGAGCCUGAACGCGCUGGCCGCCGCUCGAGCGUCACACACCCUCCAGCCAGGACGGGUGCGCCAGACUUCGACGCUGACCCCUUCGCAGGAGUCCGCGCUUGGCCGAGUGGUUCGAUCGGUGGCUCGACAUGGUCCGCCUCCGCCCGACGCUCGACCUCGAGAGGCCUUUCAGGAGCUUCUCAAGUCCAGCAACAUCUACUCCGAGGAGGGUCGGCUCACGGUUCGGCCCUUCGUUCAGGACAAGGUCUCCCUCUUGCAGGGCUCGGUGGAGCCUCGGGAGGCGCUCGACCUCGUCCCAGAUCACGUUCGACAAGUUUUGAUGGAACCCGAGAAGUUCCUGGAGCGGCACUCGGACGAGCUCGCAGACGAGCCCCACAUCGAGCCGUACUGGGAUCCUCUCUUGAACCCGAGGGUCCGCGCCAACCACCCGCGCCUGCUCGCGCUGCUGAAGCGCCUUGCCGACAUGGGGAUCGUGGUGGCCACUCGUCGGAAGAAGGCCACGGUGGGGCUGUUCUUUGUCGAGAAGAAAGGGGAUCGCCUCCGCAUGAUCGUGGGCGGCCGACAGCCCAACCAGUACCACCGGCUACCCCCACAGACCAGCGUGGCUUCAGUGGAGGCGCUCGCGUCGGUGCAGGUCGGGGCCGACUGGCGACAGCGCUGCUCGAUGAAGCCGGACGAGGCCGCCUUGUACGCGGCCACGGUCGACCUGAAGGACGGCUUCCACCAGUUCAAGAUUCCGCACCUGUCCGAGUGGUUCGUGUUCGACAUGCCCGGGGUCCAGGCGAAGGACCUAGGCGUACACCAGGUCUACGACGGCGACGCGAAGGCUUUCGUGGACGUCGCCCCGGACGACUACGUGUGGCCGGCCUACGGCGGACUGGCGAUGGGCUGGUCCUGGGCGCUGUGGAUCUGCCACGAGACGUUGGCGCAGGUGAUGCGAUCCUCGGCAGGUCCUCGCGACGCUAUGGUGCUGGACAAGGCGCCAGCGGCCCAGCUAGAGCCGGGGAUGGUCGGCGACUUACCUUACGUCGACAACGCCAACAUCAUUGGUAUCGAGCAGGACCUCGUGCAGGACCGACUCGAGCGCAUGACGGCGGCUCUCGACCAGCUAGGCUUGAAGUGGCACGAGAGGCAGGACGCAGGCAUCGAGGUCGAGAUCCUGGGCGUUAUCGUCGAUGGCGUGCAGGGCCUGGUUCGUCCCAAGCCGAAGCGCCUCUGGCGGCUGCACGGGGGCUUGACCUUUCUUCUGAGAUGGCGCAAGGCCGCGGGGUGGCAGAUCCGUGCUGUUCUGGGCCACCUGGUGUCCUUCUUCCAGCUGAUGAGGCCAGGGCUUUCGAUCUUCCGCGUCUUGUACGACUUUGUCCAGCAGGACCUCGGCGAGAUCCGCGAGUUGCCGACGGCCGCGCUGCACGAGCUGAAGGUCGCCAGGUCGCUGCUCUUCAUGGCGGUUCGCAGUCUCUGCCGCUUUCGGGAGCGAGCUCGCUUCAGCCGUCGAGAGAAGUUCGUGGAGCGCGAGCACGACGGCUUCAGGGGCUCCAUGGCGAUUGGCGACGCUGGCGAGGGCUGGUGGGACGGGCUGCUCGAGCGGAGCCGUGCUCGCGGGCCCGUGCCGGAGCGCUGCCGAGUCGAGGUCGACUCUGGCUGGCGACCGCCGCCGCUACCCGACGACUUCGUCGACCCCGGGCGCUGGGAGCUGGUUGUUGCUGGGGCCUGGCGCGACGCGAGCCGCAUCCACGACUACGAGGCGCGCUGCGGGCUGAUGGGCCUGGCUCGAGCUGCCAGUCAUCCGCCGUACCACGACACGGAGCUCCUCUCCGCAGGGGACAACAUGGGCUCGGUCUUGGCCUUCGAGAAGGGCCGCGCGGCAAACAGGGAGCUCCUCGCACAAUGCCGACGGGCGGCCGCGCUGCAGCUGGCCUCCGGCAUCGUGUGGCGACAACGGCAUGUCGAGGGAGUGCGGAACGCGGCGGACUACAUGAGUCGGGCGGCGGACCGCGGGCUGUUGCAGCCCGGUCAGGUUGGACAGAGGCCUCGACGGGGCCGGCGCUUCUUCCUGGAGAUUUUCUCGGGCGAGGGGUACCUGGCGGGGGCCAUCCUGGAGGCUGGGCUGCGUGCAGGGGUUCCCAUGGACCUCGUGAAGGGCCCGCAGUUCGACAUCACGGACCCGAAGGUCCAGAGGGUUGUCAUCGGGUGGAUCCGCUCCGGCGCUAUUUGGCUCAUGCAUCUUGCGACCCCGUGCACGCGGUGGUCGAUUGCACGCUCUUCGGGCACCGCAGAACCCGCGGGAGGGCUGGCCGCGGCGCGCUUCACAGUUCGCCUGAUCCAGGAGUGCCGGCGAUCUGGGGUCCACUUCACUCUCGAGAAUCCUCAGCGGUCGCGCCUCUGGACGUGGAGACCUCUGGCGAGGGCGCUUCGGGCGUCAGCUUCCACGUUUGUCGACUUGUGCCAGUGCCGCUUUGGGACGCCCUUUCAGAAGCCUACGAGGCUUGCGGCCUCCCACCCGCUGUUCGCCUCCCUGGCCCGCGAGUGCAGGUGCCGACGGCAUUGCGAAGUUCUGCAGGGCAAGGUUUUGGUGAGGGGACGCUGGGAGUGGAAGACUAGUCUAGCUGCUGCCUAUCCGCCCAGCCUGUGCCGCGCCUAUGCCAGCGCCGCCCAGCUCCUGGCGCCCCCAGCGGCCGCAAGGCCAGACGGAGAGGCCUACCUCGAGCGCCGCUGGGAGCGGCAGCUGGCGUCCGCGUGUGGCUGCUCCAGCGUCGCAGUCGACGCCCCGCGAUGCCCGCUCAGGUACCGGCUGCCGUGGCACGGCUGCCAGAGGCGCUGGGCAACCGCGGCGCGCUACUCUGACUGCGUGGAGGGGCUCCACGACUUCGUCGCCUGUAACGGUGGGAGCCUCUCGGACCCGCGGGCGGCCGACGCCACUCUGGAGCGCCACUUCGAGUCGCUCUUCCUCGGCGGCGAGGCCAAGGCCAACGCCCGAUGGUGCCUCUACGGGCUGGCCUGGCAGCAGGGCUGGGCGACCAAGGGUGACGCCUUCCCCAAGGCCAAGCAGGCUCUCAAAGGCUGGGACCGACUCGAACCACCUGGAAGCCGCGAGCCCGCGGUCUGGGAGGCAGUGCUGGCCGUCGCGGGCGAUCUCAUCGGGCGCGACUUCCAGUCCACGCUUGCAGGAGCGCUGCUGCCCGUUGCUUUCGACGGCUUCCUGCGACCGUCUGAGGCGCCGGGCCUGCGUGGUGCCGAUGUCUUGCGGCCGCCGCGCUCUGGACCCCAGAAGCUGUGGGCGGUGACAGUAGCCCCAGCGACACAGCCGAUUCCCUCGAAGACUAACACGUUCGAUGACACGGUCUUCUUGGGCAGUGCUGCCAAGGGCCAGGGCUUCGUGGGCAGCAUUCUCGAUAUCUUGCUGGCGCGUGCGGGCCCGGGACCGCUCUUUGCGGGCUUGACGCUAGCACAGCUGGAGGCCGCCGUGAACGCCGCCUGCCGCCGCCUGCAGCUGCCUGUGGCUUUCACGCCGCACUGCCUUCGUCAUGGCGGCGCCAGCCGAGACGCACUAGAGAAGUUCGAGGACCUGCGCUCAAUCCAGCGCCGAGGCCGCUGGAAGGCGCGGGAGAGCGUGCGUCGAUACGAGAAG